UUCUCUCCCCUCUCUGCAACAAACUUCUCUGUCAACCGUUCCCUUCGGUUAUCUUCUCUCUAUAUCUUCUCCUUAGUAGUAAAGACUGAAUACUAAUGUCUUCUCCUACUCUCAUAACACCCAGUAGCAAACUCAAAUCACUUGCAGGUUUCAGACCCAAAUCCACCACCACCACUACUAGUAUCACUUCCGAUGCCUCUUCAUCGAUUCCACAGAAGGGUCGGCGAGAAUUUGUCAGCUUGAUAGCCGGUAUCCUAUCACCGUCGUUGGUUUUUCCGGUUUCGCCGGCAACAGCAGCUUCGGAUGAAGAGUAUGUCAAGGAGACAGAGGAGGUAAUCAACAAGAUACGGAGCACCAUUACCAAAGAUAAAAGUGACCCAAAUGUAGCUGAUGCAGUUGCUGAGCUGAGAGAGACCUCAAAUUCAUGGGUGGCCAAGUACAGGAGGGAGAAAGCAUUGUUGGGUCGAGCUUCAUUCAGAGAUAUCUACUCUGCCCUCAAUGCUGUCUCUGGACAUUAUAUUAGCUUUGGACCUACAGCUCCCAUUCCUGCAAAGCGAAAGGCCAGGAUCUUAGAAGAGAUGGAAUCUGCAGAGAAAGCCUUACUCAGAGGUUUUGCCGGCAACAGCAGCUUCGGAUGAAGAGUAUGUCAAGGAGACACAGGAGGUAAUCAACAAGAUACGGAGCACCAUUACCAAAGAUAAAAGUGACCCAAAUGUAGCUGAUGCAGUUGCUAAGCUGAGAGAGACCUAAAAUUCAUGGGUGGCUAAGUACAGGAGGGAGAAAGCAUUGUUGGGUCGAGCUUCAUUCAGAGAUAUCUACUCUGCUCUCAAUGCUGUCUCUGGACAUUAUAUUAGCUUUGGACCUACAGCUCCCAUUCCUGCAAAGCGAAAGGCCAGGAUCUUAGAAGAGAUGGAAUCUGCAGAGAAAGCCUUACUCAGAGGUAGAUAGAAAGCAAGUUUUCAACUCAUGGAGAGAAACCCAGAAGGUUUUUCUUUUCUUUUUUUCUGAAAUCCUUCCUUUUGACUACAAAGAUUUCUUAUAUUUUCUGAGAUUGAGAAUAUAAAAACCAUGUCCGAAUGUGAAUGGAUGUUUCACUGAGGAUUGAUUAGAUU